UCCAGACGCGUCCCCCAGAAGGCGCCCCCACCCGAGGCCACCCACCAUGGGCAGCAAGGAGCGGUUCCACUGGCAGAGCCACAACGUGAAGCAGAGCGGCGUGGACGACAUGGUCCUGCUGCCGCAGAUCACGGAGGACGCGAUCGUGGGCAACCUGCGGAAGCGCUUCAUGGACGACUACAUCUUCACCUACAUCGGCUCGGUGCUCAUCUCCGUGAACCCCUUCAAGCAGAUGCCCUAUUUCACCGACCGGGAGAUUGACCUGUACCAGGGCGCGGCCCAGUAUGAAAAUCCCCCCCACAUCUACGCCCUCACCGACAACAUGUACCGGAACAUGCUUAUCGACUGUGAGAACCAGUGUGUCAUCAUUAGUGGAGAGAGCGGAGCUGGGAAGACGGUGGCCGCCAAGUACAUCAUGGGCUACAUUUCCAAGGUGUCCGGCGGGGGCGAGAAGGUCCAGAACGUGAAGGACGUCAUCCUGCAGUCCAACCCGCUGCUCGAGGCCUUCGGCAACGCAAAGACCGUGCGCAACAACAAUUCUAGUCGAUUUGGCAAGUACUUCGAGAUCCAGUUCAGCCGAGGUGGGGAGCCCGAUGGCGGGAAGAUCUCCAAUUUCCUGCUGGAGAAAUCCCGCGUGGUGAUGCAGAAUGAAAACGAAAGGAACUUCCACAUCUAUUACCAGCUGCUGGACGGCGCCUCCCAGGAACAGCGGCAGAACCUGGGACUCAUGACCCCCGACUACUAUUACUACCUCAACCAAUCGGACACGUACAAGGUGGACGGCACGGAUGACAAGAGCGACUUCCAGGAGACUCUGAGUGCCAUGCAGGUCAUCGGCAUCCCGCCCAACGUCCAGCAACUGGUGCUGCAGCUGGUGGCAGGAAUUCUGCAUCUGGGGAACAUCAGCUUCUGCGAAGAUGGGAAUUACGCCCGGGUGGAGAGCGCUGACCUCCUGGCCUUCCCCGCCUACCUGCUGGGCAUCGACAGUGGGCGCCUGCAGGAGAAGCUGACCAGCCGCAAGAUGGACAGCCGCUGGGGAGGGCGCAGCGAGUCCAUCGAUGUGACCCUGAACGUGGAGCAGGCCGCCUACACCCGCGACGCCCUGGCCAAGGGGCUGUACGCGCGGCUCUUCGACUUCCUGGUGGAGGCCAUCAACCGGGCCAUGCAGAAGCCCCACGACGAGUACAGUAUUGGGGUGCUGGACAUUUAUGGCUUCGAGAUCUUCCAGAAAAACGGUUUUGAGCAAUUCUGCAUCAACUUUGUCAACGAGAAGUUGCAGCAGAUUUUCAUCGAACUCACACUGAAGGCAGAGCAGGAGGAGUAUGUGCAGGAAGGGAUUCGCUGGACCCCCAUCCAGUACUUCAACAACAAAAUCGUCUGUGACCUCAUCGAGAACAAGCUGAGCCCCCCGGGCAUCAUGAGCGUGCUGGACGACGUCUGUGCCACCAUGCACGCCACGGGCGGGGGCGCCGACCAGACGCUGCUGCAGAAGCUGCAGGCGGCCGUGGGCUGCCACGAGCAUUUCAACAGCUGGAGCGCGGGCUUCGUCAUCCACCACUACGCGGGCAAGGUCUCCUAUGACGUCAGUGGCUUCUGUGAGAGGAACCGGGAUGUGCUCUUCUCCGACCUCAUCGAGCUCAUGCAGUCCAGUGAGCAGGCCUUCCUCCGAAUGCUCUUUCCAGAGAAGCUGGAUGCAGACAAGAAGGGCCGGCCCAGCACCGCGGGAUCCAAGAUCAAGAAACAAGCCAACGACCUGGUGGCCACUUUGAAGAAGUGCACGCCCCACUAUAUCCGCUGCAUCAAGCCCAACGAGACCAAGAAGCCCCGAGACUGGGAGGAGAACAGGGUGAAGCACCAGGUGGAGUACCUGGGCUUGAAGGAGAAUAUCAGGGUGCGCCGCGCGGGCUUCGCCUACCGCCGCCAGUUCUCCAAGUUCCUGCAGAGGUACGCCAUCCUCACCCCCGAGACGUGGCCGUACUGGCGUGGGGGGGACGAGCGUCAGGGCGUCCAACACCUGCUCCGUGCGGUCAAUAUGGAACCCGACCAGUACCAGAUGGGGGGCACCAAGGUCUUCGUCAAGAACCCGGAGUCGCUCUUCCUGCUGGAGGAGAUGCGGGAACGCAAGUUCGACGGCUUCGCCCGCACCAUCCAGAAGGCCUGGAGGCGCCACGUGGCCGUGAGGAAGUACCAGGAGAUGCGGGAGGAAGCGUCCAACAUCCUCCUGCACAAGAAAGAGCGGCGGAGGAACAGCAUCAACCGCAACUUCGUGGGCGACUACCUGGGCCUGGAGGAGCGGCCCGAGCUGCGCCAGUUCCUGGCCAAGAGGGAGCGCGUGGACUUUGCCGAUUCUGUCACCAAGUACGACCGGCGCUUCAAGCCCAUCAAGAGGGACUUGAUCCUGACGCCCAAGUGCGUGUACGUGAUCGGGCGUGAGAAGGUGAAGAAGGGGCCCCAGAAGGGUCAGGUGUGCGAAGUGCUGAAGAAGAAACUGGAGAUCCAGGCUCUGCGGGGAGUCGCGCUCAGCACGCGGCAGGACGACUUCUUCGUGCUCCAGGAGGACGCGGCCGACAGCUUCCUGGAGAGCAUCUUCAAGACGGAGCUCAUCAGCCUCCUGUGCAAACGCUUCGAGGAGGCGGCCCGCAGGCCCCUGGCCCUGACCUUCAGCGACGCACUACAGUUCCGGGUGAAGAAGGAGGGUUGGGGCGGAGGCAGCAGCCGCAGCGUCACGUUCUGUCGGGGCUCGGGCGACGUGGCCGUGCUCAAGGCCAGCGGCCGGUCCCUCACGGUCAGCGUCGGGGACGGGCUGCCCAAAAACUCCAAGCCUACGAGGAAGACGAUAGCCCAGGGGAAACCUCGAAGGUUUGCCCAGGGUCCUACCCGAGCAGCCCCUGGACCUCCCAGAGGUCAGGACCGCAAUGGAGUGCCCCCCGCUGGCAGAAGGGGACCCCUGCCCCUGGAGAUCACAUCUGGAAGGAGCUCCCAGCAGCGCCCCCAGGCCCCUCCCUCCUCAGCCCUGGGUGCCAGCCGCCGCCCAAGGGCUCGGCCCCCCUCGGAGCAUAACACAGAGUUCCUCAACGUGCCAGACCAGGGGGUCGCCGGCAUGCAGAGAAAGCUCAGCGUGGGGCAACGACCCGUGCCCGGCGUGGGCCGACCCAAGCCCCAGCCACGGGCGUACGGUCCGCGGUGCCGGGCGCUGUACCAGUACGUGGGCCAGGACGUGGAUGAACUGAGUUUCAACGUGAAUGAAGUCAUUGAGAUCCUCCUGGAAGACCCUUCGGGCUGGUGGAAAGGCAGACUGCAUGGCCAGGAGGGCCUCUUCCCAGGAAACUACGUGGAGAAGAUCUGAAUGAAGAAAAGGGGGAGCCCAGAACGCUCCACCCCCUCCGCAAUGUGUCCCCCAUCCUGCUGGGAUGCCAGGCCCUGCCAGCAGGACUCCUGUUUGUCUUGGUUACUUUGGCUCAAGACCAGCUCCUGGGGCUCCCAGCCCAGCCAGGGGGCUCUGGGUCCUGGUCGUCACCGCUGCACUGAAGGCCUUGAGCCCUGCCUGUCACCCUUCACUUCUC